AUGUCUCGCUUUCGCCUUGUUUCUCAUCGUCGCUCAUCAGAUAGAGUGCUGACGCUAGAUAUUUGUAGGGCGUUCAAAGUGCCAUCUGCGGAAGAGACAGUUAAUCAUCCAGCCUACUCCUCGGUGAUCUGGGCUUUGGAGCCUCAUCAGCAAGGCACCGUUGAGGUUGCAAAAGGGCGAGGCGGCCCUGUGAAGAUUGCUUGGGAGAUUCAUGGAGAUGGACCAACGAAAGUUGCGCUUAUCAUGGGCUUGGCCGGUGUAAAGACGUCGUGGCAGCGCCAGACGAAAUAUUUUGGCCAUGACCGCUCAAAGGACUACUCCGUCCUCAUCCUGGACAACCGAGGGAUGGGCGACAGCGACAAGCCUCUUGCGCGCUACACCACCAGUGCCAUGGCUGCCGACAUUGUCGAGCUGCUCGACCACGUUGGCUGGACCGCCGAGCGCGAGGUCCAUGUCGUCGGCAUUUCCCUCGGCGGCAUGAUCGCCCAGGAGGUCGCCUAUGCGAUUCCCACCCGCCUGCGCUCCUUGACCUUGAUCGGGACCACGGCGCAGUUUGAGAGCGGGCCCGCAAAGUCCUGGUCCGAUGCCAUCCGGCAGCGCCUGGGCUUCGUCAUCCCCAAGUCAGAGGACCAGAGCAUCUUCGACACUGGCCGGCAGCUCUUCCCCGAGGAGUGGCUCGCCGCUUCGGACGACGCUGCGGCGCUGCCCUCGCCCAAGACGACGCCUCGGUGCGGUCCAGCGCCCGGCACGCCUGAUGGAGAGUAUCGCACCUUUGACAACAACUUCCAGCGGUUUCAGGCGCAGGAGCUCUUCAAGAAGCGUCACGCAUCGUGGUUCACGAAGCAGGGCUUCCUGUGCCAGCUGAUAGCGGCGGCGGGACAUUUUAAAUCGCCACAGCAGCUGCGUACGAUGGCGGAUCGCGUGGGGAGGGAACGUAUCCUGAUCAUGCAUGGAACGGCAGAUAAUAUGAUUACGGUGCCGAAUGGAGAGAAGUUGAUCAAGCAUGUCGAACCUGGCAUGGGGUUGAUUAUUGAAGGGAUGGGCCAUGCACCAAGUAUGGAUAGAGCGGAUUGGUUCAAUGCUCUGUUGGAGGAGAGAUUUGCGUCUUGGGGGAAACUCUGA